AUGCCCAGGCCUAACAGUGAUAAGGUUUCAGAGCUUCUGGAGGUGUCUACUCACCAAAUCAACCUGCUUACCUCACCUACUUUCUUACCAAAGGUGAAGGAUCAAGGAAAGUUCACUCUCCCUUGCACACUUGGGCAUAUUGAGCUUGACAAUGCCUUGGUGGAUUCUGGUGCAAGCAUCAACCUGCUCUCCCUCACAAUGGCAGAGAAGCUUGGCAUUGCUGGAGCAUUGCAGCGCCCUACUACCUCAAUCAUGUUUGGAGAUGCAACUUCCAAGUCUCCUCUUGGUGUGUUCAAGAACUAUCACUUGAAAAUAGGAGAAUGCAUCAUCCAAACUGACCUUACUGUCAUGGAGAUGGAAGAAGAAAGGGAUCUACCUCUGCUAUUGGGAACCUUGGACUUGUUCUUGAGUAUUUGCUCUCACAUUUAUCUGCUGCUUAUAGAAUUUUGA